AUGAGAGAAUUUAAUAUUAUUUACAUGUACAUUAAGCAGUAAUUAAAUUUGUUCAGUCAGUCACUGUGCGUGUUUGUGUGUGUAGGUUCACAGGCAAUGCCCCCACCCCGUAAACUGCCACAGCGGUCCUGGGCCGCUUCUAUUCCCACCAUCCUCACCCACAGCAAACUACAUGUUCUGCUUCUGCCGUCAUCCAUUCCAUGCCCAGUGCCAGGGCUGGCGGGCAGCUACCUGUGCUCACCUCUGGAGCGCUUCCUGGGCUCUGUCAUCAUGAGGCGGCACCUACAGAGAAUCAUACAGUUAGAACCCAAUCUCACUAUUGUGAACUCCAACGAGCCAGGUGUUAUCAUGUUUAAGACAGAAGUGCUUAAAUGUAGAGUGGCUCUCAACCCCAAAACCUACCAGACUCUGCAGCUGAAAGUCACACCAGAAAACACUGGACCCUGGUCGCAGGAGGAGCUGCAGGUCCUGGAGAAGUUCUUUGAGACCAGGGUUGCAGGACCACCCUUUAAAUACAACACACUAAAUGCCUUUACAAAGCUGUUGGGAGCUCCAACCAACAUACUCAGAGACUGUGUUCGCAUCAUGAAACUGGAGUUGUUCCCAGACCAAGCGGCCCAGCUGAAUUGGAAUGUGCAGUUCUGUCUGACCAUCCCACCCAGCGCUCCUCCCAUCGCCCCACCAGGAACCAUUGCUGUGGUGCUUAAGACCAAGAUGCUCUUCUUUCUCCAGCUGACCCAGAGACUACCGGUACCCCAGGAGCCCGUCAGCAUCAUAGUGCCUAUUGUGUAUGACAUGGCUACUGGACUGACCCAGCAGGCUGAUAUCCCCCGCCAGCACAGCUCCUCGGGAGCCGCGGCCCUGAUGGUCAGCUCCAUCCUCAGAAGGUUCAAUGAGCACCAUCCACCACGACAAGGAGAGUGCACAAUAUUUGCAGCAGUUCAUGAGCUCAUGGCUAAUCUCACGCUGAACCCUGUUGGACGGUCAUGACUUGUUGUCUCUUAGGAAACUUCUCCAGACGAUCAGUAAAUAACUUGAGGGAAAUUCAGGUUUUCUACUACAGCCGAUGGGCUCUUCUGCUGGUGUAUCAUAUUGUCAUAAAAGAGAGCAGAAAUAUGAUGGAACUUUUUUUUAUUGUAUUAUGAAGCAUGUAAAUGAAUAAUUGUGACAAAAGCAGGACUUUCUUUUUUUUUUUUAAAUAGCUUGGCAAAGUUCUGCUAACGGAUUUAUUUUUUUUCCGAUGCACUUAAGGAAAUGAUUGUGAUAGAAAAAAUGUUUAACUACAGCUGUAUUUUUUUAUUUGAAACUUUGCAGAAAAAUUCUUGUCUUUUUUGUAAUACAAGAUAUCAAUACUGUGUAAGUAUUGAUGUUUUCUUUAUCAGCACACUAUUUAAAUGUUUUUUCUUUGAUUGCAUUACUUUGAUUUCUUAGUAUACCUUUCAC